AUGUUGGCGUAUAGCUCCAUCGCGUAGACGUAGCAUAAAUUCUUUCACCAUGCCCUAUUGUUGGACUUGAUGUUGUUUCCCAGUUUCCAAUAUUACAAACAAUGCUGUGAUGACCAUCUUUGUGGCAACAUAUUUGUGGCCAACCUUAUUUAUGUCUUUGCACCAAUGCCCAGAAGUGGAACUGCCAGUCUGAAGGUGUGUGCAUUUUAAGGCUUUCGGGAAAUAUUGUGGAGCGGCCCUGUACAAAGUUUGCUCAGACUGCACUCCCACUAGCAGAGCGAGAGGGUCUAGUGUCUCCUUUCUCCAAUACAACACCUGGGAGGCUGUCCCAGGUCCCAGAAUCCCCCCCUCACCAUGCUCUGUAUUUGUUUGUAGUUUCCUGGGUGCACUGCCACCAUGUCCUGGCUCUGCAACAGUGCCAACUGCCAAUUUUCAGUCUUCGCCCUUACCACCAUAGGAUGGAUCCUCUCUUCUACGUCCAUGGGCCUUGUGGAGUGGCGAAUAUGGUACAUGAAAGACACCCCGCUCUACCCCCCUGGGAUCGCCUGCGUGGGAAUAUUUAGAGUCUGCAUUUACCGGCAUCGCACCAACAGCACCACAACCAAAUUCUGUUACCGAUACAGCUACCAGGACACCUUUCUCCCUUUUGAAAUUUACAUGGCUCAACGCUUCCUACUGACUGCCAGCAUUUUCGGAUUCUUUGGGAGAGCCUUUAACAUCCUUGCACUUAGAAACACGUCUGUGAAAAUAUUUGAGGAGGACACCUACAAUUCAUUCAUUGUUUCAGGAGUUUUCAACGUUGCUGCUGGUGUCUUUAUCUUAAUUGCUGUGCUCCAGAACUACGAUGCCAUCAUAAACUCACGGGGAAUCACCUUCCCGCCAUCUCUCCAAAUGCCCUUCAAGCCAGAUGUGCAGGAAGUUGGCACUGCCAUUCAAGUGGCAGGGAUAGGUGUCUUGCCUAUGCUGUUAACUGGGAUGUUUUCUCUAUUUUACAAAUGUCCCCUGUACUGCCAAGUGCAUCUUGAUAUUUCAGAAAUGUGAAUUUCCUGUUUGCAUUGGCUUUGCAAAUCCAAGAUUUCUGGGAGUUUAUGGAAAAUGUUAUUAGCAUGCUCUACCAAAUAUUUCCAACGACUCAAGACCAUGGCAUGUGUAGUUUGGGACAGAAGGUGGCCAACUGUCUCCUUCUGUUAUCUUGUGUAUCUGAAUGUGGUUCACUGAUUUGCUCGUUGAAUUGAGAACUUUUAUUUAAAAGUCUUCCCACCUGCCAGUUGGUCUUAUUGCAUCUGAAUUUUAAUUAUUGUUGGCUAAAGCAAAUAACCCUAUAAACUAAGGGUAGGGAAAUAAGAGUUUCUGAGUACAUUAACUUUUAACAUUUCCCUCUCAAACUUUUGCUACAAACAAUCAUAGGCCGGGCAUGGUGACUUACGCCUGU